UUAUAUGUUAACCUUUAUCCUAAUAACUAAAACUGUUUUGCAGUUGCUGCAUGUGGGUAGAGGUUAUGAAGUUUUUCUGGCACUGAUAGCUUAGCUGACAUGAAACUGUGUUCAGAUAUAGAGGAAAUGUGAUGGUACACUCCAAGAAAUCAACACCCAUGUGGGUUCUCAGAAAUGGUAUUGUGCUUCCUUUUGUCUGCACAGCAACCACCUUGUAUAAAACCUAUGUGUGACCUUUUUUCGAUGAGCUUCUGUUCAGGCUGCUGUGUGUACUCUGUCAGACUUAAUCCUUCUGCUGCAGAAUAAAAGACUGAAUUCAUCUGAUAACAUUUAUCUGCAAAAGAUUUAGUCUCUGUUCAUACAGUGAAAAUCAGAGAAGUGCUUCAGCCUCCAGUGUCAAGAAGAACCUGAGAUCAUCAUGGGGGAUCAAGCUGAGUUGGACCAAUGUAAAGAACAUAUUAAAAAAGCACUGGAAAAUGGUAUUGUUGCUUUGAUAGCUGAAAAGAUGAGAGAAUUUUUGGAGAAGCAUGAACAGGUUCCACUGAACAUUGCUGUCACAGGAGAGUCUGGUUCUGGUAAAUCCUCCUUUGUUAAUGCCUUUAGAGGCGUCGACAACAAAGAUGAGAAUGCUGCUGCUACUGGUUGUGUAGAAACCACCACAGAGGUUAAAAGUUACAACCAUCCAAAAUAUCCCAAUGUUACAUUAUGGGAUCUCCCUGGCAUUGGAACCACCAAGUUCACAGCUGACAAGUAUCUGGAACAUAUAGAAUUUAAGAAGUUUGACUUCUUCAUCAUCAUCUCAGAUACUCGCUUCAGAGAAAAUGAUGCAAAACUCGCUCAGGAGAUUCAGAAUAUGGAGAAGAAGUUCUACUUUGUUCGUACCAAGAUUGACCACAACAUGCAAGAUGAGGAAAGAAGUCAGAGAGACUUCAAUGAGGAAAACACCCUUGAUCGAAUCAGAAAAAACUGCACUGAAGGUCUUGAAAAGCUUCAUAUUCCAUCUCCAAAGGUCUUCCUGAUCUCCAACUUUGAACCCCACCAGUAUGACUUUGAGUGUUUAUGUAAGACCUUAGAAGAGGAACUUCCUGAACACCAGGAACAUGUUCUGCUUCUUGCUCUGCCCAACAUCAGCCAGGAGAUCUGCAAUAAGAAGAGAGAGGUUUUACAGGCCAAGAUAAAAUACUAUGCAUUAAUGUCUGCAGUUGGAGCUGCUGUACCAGUUCCUGGCACCUCUGUUGCUAUUGAUGGAAGCAUCGCUCUGAUGUUUGUCAGAAACUGUGAAGAUGCAUUUCAUAUUAAUGGAGUGGAACUGCUUCAUUCUGUUAUAAAAGAACCAGUAAAGCCAGGUAACAAACUGAGUUUAGAUCUUGUACUCCAUGUUUUGUCCUCAUCUGUAGUUUUUACUUCAUUAACAGCAGCAGAGGAAGGAACCAGAUUCAUCCUGAUAUUUGGAAUUGCAGUAGCAAUGACUCUGUCUUCCAUAACAACCCACAAAGCUCUCACAUUUAUUCUUGACAAGUUCACUGAAGCUGCACAAAAGGCUAAUAUGAAGGCAGUAGGUUUGAGCAGCAGAAAUGACAGCCUUGACGGAGGCAUGAUCAUCAUGGGGGAUCAAGCUGAGUUGGACCAAUGUCCAGAAUCUGUAAAAGAAGCACUGGAAAAUGGUGAUGAUGCUUUGAUAGCUGAAAAGGUGAAAGAAUAUUUGGAGAAGCAAGAACAGGUUCCACUGAACAUUGCUGUCACAGGAGAGUCUGGUUCUGGUAAAUCCUCCUUUGUUAAUGCCUUUAGAGGCGUCGACAACAAAGAUGAGAAUGCUGCUGCUACUGGUUGUGUAGAAACCACCACAGAGGUUAAAAGUUACAACCAUCCAAAAUAUCCCAAUGUUACAUUAUGGGAUCUCCCUGGCAUUGGAACCACCAAGUUCCGAGCUGACGAGUAUCUGGAACAUGUAGAAUUUAAGAAGUUUGACUUCUUCAUCAUCAUCUCAGCUGAUCGCUUCAGAGAAAAUGAUGCAAAACUCGCUCAGGAGAUUCAGAAAAUGGAGAAGAAGUUCUACUUUGUUCGUACCAAGAUUGACCACAACAUGCAAGAUGAGGAAAGAAGUCAGAGAGACUUCAAUGAGGAAAACACCCUUGAUCGAAUCAGAAAAAACUGCACUGAAGGUCUUGAAAAGCUUCAUAUUCCAUCUCCAAAGGUCUUCCUGAUCUCCAACUUUGAACCCCACCAGUAUGACUUUGAGCGUUUAUGUCACACCUUAGAAGAGGAACUUCCUCAACACCAGCAACAUGUUCUGCUUCUUGCUCUGCCCAACAUCAGCCAGGAGAUCUGCAAUAAGAAGAGAAAGAUUUUAAAGGCCAAGAUAAAAUACUGUGCAUUAAUGUCUGCAGUUGGAGCUGCUGUACCAGUUCCUGGCACCUCUGUUGCUGUUGAUGGAGGCAUCACUCUGAAGUUUGUCAGAAAGUGUCAAGAUGUUUUUCAUGUUGAUGGAGUGAAACUGCUUCAUUCUCUUAUAAAAGAACCAGUAGAGUCAGGUAAAAAAAUGACUGUAGAUCUUAUACUCCGUGUAUUGUCUUCAUCUGUAGUUUUUACUUCAUUAAUUGUAGCAGAGGAAGGAACCAGAUUCAUCCCAAUAUUUGGAAUCCCAAUAGCAAUGGCUCUGUCUUCCAUAGCAACCUACACAGCUCUCACAUUUUUUCUUGACAAGUUCACUGAAGCUGCACAAAAGGCUAAUAUGAAGGCAGUAGGUUUGGGCACCCAAGUGUGAUACAGAGUUAAUAACAUCACACUUUGAAAUCUGUGGUGGCACAAAAAUCACCAUUUAAAUGUAACUGACGCCAUAGGACAGUGUUUUUCAACCUUCGGGUCAUGAACUCAUGUGGGGUCGUCUGGAAUUUCUAGUAUUUGACCAAAAUAAAAAUUACGAAU